GGGUGCAAGCGGAGAUUCUCACCCUCUCUAUGUGAGGGGCGGCUGUGUGUAGGAAAGAGAGGUACUGGCCCUUUAAACGUGGGGACCUCAGCUACUCCUUUGGGUGUGUGCCGUAGUGUUUGGAGUGUGUGUGGUUUUUAUGGUGGGUGUUUAGCUAGGAGCUGCGGUUGAUGCCACUCCAGAAUUUCUGGGGAUAGGGAGAGACCGAGGUGUUAUUGGUAGCUUGUGCCCGCAGGUCCGUGGCCCCGGAGGGAUAUGGCACCCAGGACCGUGGGUGGCGUUUAUAGAGUCCAUGUGGGGAGUUGGGAGCGUAAAAAAUAUUUGCAGAGCGUGUGAAUCCCUGGAGGGUGCAGCGCCUUACGUAGGCGGUGUGGCUGUGAGUGUAGGGGGUCUCUCCACGCCGCGUCGCCCUCGGACAUUUGGCAGGUCCACACGGCCCUUGUGUGGGGAUGUUUGUGGCGUGAGGCCGGGAAGGCGUGUGCCCCAGCGUGGCUGCGGGGGCGGUUUUGGAAAGUGCGGUGUUCGAGCGUGCAUCCUGUGUGUUCUUCGUGCGGGGUGGACGGGCUUGUGCACACAACAGGGAGAAGGCUGGGCUCUGGCGCCCCUCCCCCAUCUGAAAAAGCAACGUUUGGAAAUGUGUACAGGGUUGUAUGCAGAGAGAUGACUUUUUCCUAUGGCUCCGACACACACAACUUCACGGUGGAGACGCAGAGCACUAGCUCAGAGGAGAUGGUGCCCAGCUCGCCCUCGCCCCCUCCACCGCCUCGGGUCUACAAGCCGUGCUUCGUGUGCAAUGACAAGUCCUCUGGCUACCACUAUGGGGUCAGCUCCUGUGAAGGCUGCAAGGGCUUCUUCCGCCGCAGCAUCCAGAAGAACAUGGUGUACACGUGUCACCGCGACAAAAACUGUAUCAUCAACAAGGUGACCCGGAAUCGCUGUCAGUACUGCCGGCUACAGAAGUGCUUCGAAGUGGGCAUGUCCAAAGAAGCCGUGCGGAAUGACCGGAAUAAGAAGAAGAAAGAGGUGAAGGAAGAGGGGUCGCUUGACAGCUAUGAGCUGAGCCCUCAGUUAGAAGAGCUCAUCACCAAGGUCAGCAAAGCUCAUCAGGAGACCUUCCCCUCACUCUGCCAGCUGGGCAAAUAUACCACGAACUCCAGUGCAGACCACCGGGUGCAGCUGGAUCUGGGGCUCUGGGACAAGUUCAGUGAGCUGGCCACCAAGUGCAUCAUCAAGAUCGUGGAGUUUGCCAAGCGGCUGCCUGGCUUUACAGGGCUCAGCAUUGCUGACCAGAUCACUCUGCUCAAGGCCGCCUGCCUGGACAUCCUGAUGCUGCGGAUCUGUACAAGGUACACCCCAGAGCAGGACACCAUGACCUUCUCUGAUGGGCUGACCCUGAACCGGACCCAGAUGCACAACGCCGGCUUUGGGCCCCUCACAGACCUCGUCUUUGCCUUUGCUGGGCAGCUCCUGCCCCUGGAGAUGGAUGACACAGAGACAGGCCUGCUCAGUGCCAUCUGCCUCAUCUGCGGAGACCGCAUGGACCUGGAGGAACCCGAGAAAGUAGACAAGCUGCAGGAGCCACUGCUGGAGGCCCUGAGGCUCUAUGCCCGCCGGCGGCGGCCCAGCCAGCCCUACAUGUUCCCAAGGAUGCUCAUGAAGAUCACCGACCUCCGGGGCAUCAGCACCAAGGGAGCAGAAAGGGCCAUUACCCUGAAGAUGGAGAUUCCAGGCCCGAUGCCUCCCCUAAUCCGAGAGAUGCUGGAGAACCCCGAAAUGUUUGAGGACGACUCCUCGCAGCCUGGUCCCCACCCUAAGGCUUCUGGCGAGGAUGAGGUUCCCCGGGGCCAGAGCAAAGGGGGCUGCAGCCCCCAGCCUGACCAGGGCCCCUGACUUCCCCUGCUGUGGGGGUUGGGGCUCCAGGCAGCAGACUGACCAUCUCCCAGACACUGCCAGUUACUGGGGGAGGACCUGCUCUGCCCUCUCUCCACCCCUUCCAAUGAGCUCCUUGUUUUUGCCAAAGUUUCCAGGGGUGCCUCUGUGUUCAUCCCCUUCCUGCUCUAACUGGCUCCCUCUCCGGUCUCGGGGGCCUGCCCUGUUCCCACCAGGAGAGAGGGCAGAGGGGUGAGCCUCGGUUUGGACUCUAAAAUCUCAGCACUGCCCCUCAGACACCAGGGACCCAGGCUCCCCAGGGCAGGAGGAAGACCCUGCCAGCUCCACAGCCCCUUCCUCUUCCAGGUGCUUAGGCCUCUGGGAGCAAACAGGAACACUAGAGACCAAGAAGGGGGCAUGGGGGGGGAGGGCUGAGCCCACCCUCUUGCCCCUGCCCUUGGUGCCUCAUGCUGCGUAACGCACCUGCCGGGUGCAUGCUGCCCUCCGUCCCCCGGCCUCGUGCCAGGUCAGGUUGGGGCAGGCUGGGCCCUGCAUUUCUGUGGGUGCCAGAGGGUGAAAGGGACAGAUGCAGGUCCAUUCGGCACCUCUUUGCUUGGGCCCAGAGUUGACCUUGUGCCCUCCGUUACAAGCCCCUCCCCUGGCCCCAUCACGUGCCUUGGGCUUCCCCUGCCUCCCAUCUCAGCCACCGGGGCAGGGACCCUCCUACACUACAGAGGGACCAGGGGAUCCGUCUCCCCCUAGUGCCUUCCCCCUACCUUGAUCUCCAGAGCAGCUUGGCCCAGGGAAGGGGGGGUGGGCGCUGCUUAGCUGAUCCUUCCCUGACCCAGAGGAAACCUCUAUUUAUUUAUUAGCUUUUGUUUACACCCUGGACUUGACCCCUUCCUCCAGGGGUCUUGGGAGGGGGAGCCCAGGGCCCCUGUGACCCCUCCCUUCUUCCUCCAAUCCCCAGUUUGUAUUUAGCUGCCAAAUAAGAUUCCCACUUGGCUCCCCUUUUUUUCUGGGGGGUCAGGGUGCUGUCCCCUCCCCUCUGUUUACAUCUUCCCUCCACCCCGCUGUGUCGCAUAUUGCUGAGUUUUCUAUUUUUGCAAAAUAAAGUGAUGGAAACUCA